AGCUGCCUUAAAGUCAGACAGGACAGCACGGGAGACUUAAAACUCCUGAAACACAGAGACUCAACUUUUUGAUAUAAAUGAAGCAUUUCCUGUGCUCUGAAGCUCUCUUUUUGCCUCAGUGAAAUUAAAGAUUGUUGAGCUGUUGGACCAAUGGGAAAAUCAAAGUCUGGAUUCACGUGGAAAAUGAAAUUCAUUGGGAAUCAAGAGGCAGACAUGUAAUCUCAGACAACACCGAUAUUUCUCUGCAGGCUUGACCGAGGCUCCCGCAGAGAUGAGACUCUACUUUUCUUUGUUAGUUGUCUUCAGUCUUUUUGUGUCUCAGUGCCAUGCCGGCUGUUCUGAGGUGGAUUCUCUGACUGAGGCUGUGGCGGGAGAAGGAUUCCUGCUGGGCUGCAUCUCCUGUAAGAGACGAGAGGAGGUCCCUGCACGAGCCACCGUAGACUGGCAUUUCAAGCCUCUGGGAGAGGAGGAGUUCAGGCAUAUUUUCCACUAUGACCAUCCUGUAGCUGACAUCCUCCAUGAAGACUUCAGCCACCGCCUGGUAUGGCGCGGGACGCUAAAUGAUGACAUUCAGAUGGGAACCGUGUAUGUUAAUAACGUCACCUUCAAUGACACUGGGACGUAUCGCUGCACCUUCCACCGUACCCUCUUCCUGCCGCUGUCUCCUGAGCUUGUCACUGUGGAGAAGGAGGUGGAGCUUAGUGUGGUGACUGUAGCCAAUCGAGAGCUGGCUGAUGUGAUCUCGGAGAUAAUGAUGUACGUGCUGGUCACGUUCCUGCAGCUGUGGCUCAUUGCGGUUCUGAUCUACUGUUACAAGAAAAUCUGGGAUGAGCACGAAGCACGUCAAGCUAAAAAGGCUCAGGCUGGACAGGGAGAAUCUAAAGAUAACUGUGACGGGGUGCAGCUAGACUAACAUCAGCGAUUGGAUUGGAGCUCAGGCAGAAGAUCAGAGCAUUUUUUUCUUUGAGAUGGACCUGCUCAUUUACACCUUCGUGUGGCUUUGCAUGAUUACAAUUCAAAAUAAUCCUUAUUUAUCUCAUGCUGGACCUCGAGGAAGCCUCUCAGAUUGUCCUCUAUGUUAAACAAGCUGUUUAUUUCCCUUUUAAGGCAUUUUUCUUCUGAUUGGCUGCCCCUCAUAUGCAACAGAUUUGAAAAUGUGGGUGGAGCCUUUGUACCUGAGAUGACCUUAUUAGGGAUAUCCCCUCUCUCUUGUGUCAUACAAACCCAAGAGUAGUUAAAGCUGAGUGUGGGCAGUCUGAUGCCUGUGCUGUAAUUUGUAAUGCAAACAUCUUCCACUGUAACAUCGCAUAAAUGACA